GCGCGGCUCUGAUUGGCUGCCCCGCGCCAGGAAGGUUCGGGGGUGGAAGGUCGGGACUCCCCCGUGCCAAGGUUUCCGCUGCAGCGCGGCUCCAGGCCGGGGAGGGCAGAAUGGGUUUGGACUGGAUUGGUUUUGGCUAUGCAGCAUUGGUUACAUCAGGUGGAAUAAUUGGCUAUGCAAAAGCAGGUAGUGUCCCAUCUCUAGCUGCUGGUCUUCUCUUCGGGAGCUUAGCUGGACUGGGUGCUUACCAGCUGUCUCAGAAUCCAAAAAAUGUGUGGCUUUCUCUGAUUGCAUCUGGAACACUGACUGGAGUUAUGGGAAUGAGAUUUUACAACUCUGGAAAAGUCAUGCCUGCAGGUCUAAUUGCUGGUGCCAGUCUGCUAAUGGUUGGGAGACUUGGACUGAAGAUGAUUGAAAAGCCCCAUGACCCAUAAUGGUGAACGUCAUGUGACUUAAUGUGUCAAUAGGAAGCCUGAAAAUUCAGCUGCCUGAAUGUUCAGAGAGUACACAACUGUUCUUACAUCAAAUAUUUUUUUUUUUUUUUUUUUUAAGAUUGGGGGGAAAUUGAUGGGUUGGAUGGGUGUUAAGUAUACAAAAAGUCAUUUGUUUCAGCAGUCAAUAUUUAUCCCUACUUUGUCCUGAGAAGUUGGGUUAGUGUUAAUUUAAAUUUCUCCUAAUACAUCUUUCAUUAACCACUCCCAUUUUGAGCAGUCCAAAAAAAUAUAUAUAUAGACAACAUACGAGGGAGAGAGGGAACUGGUGUCUAACAUCAUGAUAAAGAAAAUUCCCACUCUGGGCCAACAGGAGUACUUGGUCAAAUGCAAUAUAAAUAUACAUAUAUGGUUACUCUGCAUGCAAACUAUCAGAAUGCUUUACCUGACUGCAGUUUGGCUGUAAGAAUGUGUCUAACACCAGCUGAAUAUUUUAUUGCAAAAUUAUGUUGAGCAACAUGUCAUUUAAAGGAGAUUGAUUUUUAUACUAAUAAAAACUGAGAACUUAUAUUGCAAAACUAUUUCCUUUAUUGGGCAAGUCUGGGUUGGGGCUAGUUUGUGCCCUUCCUGUGGCUUACCUUUUCUUUUCUUAAGGAAAUCUUUUCAGUGUACUGUUCUCCAUAUGCAGUCUUUGAUCAUGUAAAGAAAGAUAACUCUUAAAUGGAGGGGAAGAAGACAGAAUUAAGUGUGUACAUUGUGUUAAUACUGCAUUAAAGACUCUUUAAAGAAGAAA